AUGGUGGGGCUCGCUCCCUCUGUCUCCCUUACCGUGCCUUUGCAGACAGAGACCAAGAAGAAUCCACACGGCCCAGUGAUGUCUCCAAAGAGUUCCCAUCACUGGACCUUUUGCCUCCUGCUCCUUGUAACCACAACCUUCCUGCCGCUGAUCUGUGAAGGCACGGAGUAUGACGAGUUCCUGAGAAGGCACGUGGACUACCCCAAAUCCGACUUUGGCAAUGACAACGACUACUGCAAGGAGAUGAUGCACAUCAGAGGCAUGCUCUGUUGGCGGAGCAACACGUUCCUCCACAUCAAUGAUUAUGACCUGCAGACCCUCUGCAGUUCCAGUGGGUACCUUGUGGCAGAAAUGAGAAGCAGCCCGAUCCCUUUCUCAGUCACCAUCUGCUCCAGGAAAGGGAGGAAAGCCCACACUUCAUGCACCUACAAGGGGAAGAGCAUCGUCAAGAAGAUCUGGGUCACCUGUGUGAAAGGCCUCCCCAUCCACCUCAACAAAUAUGGGUAG